CGAUCCUUUGGCUAUCGGAUCCAGAUCGAGUGACUAUCGGCCCCGUCCUCUAUUCUCUCUCAGCUGCCUGGCUCUAAUGCUCACCGAUCGAUGCCCACCUAUUUCUUGCUCGUCUUUGCUUCUUCGGAUAUCAUUCAAUCUUAGUCUUCAUCAACCAUGUGGACUUUCAUACGCCAUCAUCUCUCCUCACAUCCUCAUCUUCCUUACUUGGAAUCUGAGGCCAUCAACGCCCUUCCAAAUUGCAAGUAUCCACCACCACAGAAUGAUCAACGUCUCGUCACUGAAGGUUUUCUCCAAGACUCGAACCGCAGCCACAGAGUCUUGGAGAAGUAUCCUUCCCAUCCAAUGCCAACUAAUAAUAAUGCAUCACCAUUUGUCCUAUGCACAAGUAUCUUCCCUUUCUUAAACUGAACCAUCGACAUUCCUAAUCAAACACAUUGGUAGGAGGGAGGAAUCGAUUGCCAGUACUCCUCCAUGUUUCAGCUUUCUUUCAUCAUCAUCGUCUCAGUAGCUGCACCAGUCCUUCUUUCAGGUUCUCAUGCAUUACCACUACCAAUCCCCUACCACAUUCAACAAGUACUUCCCUGAACUCAGAAUGGCAACAAAAGACACACCCUUUGUUGUAGAACCCCCACAAGAUCUCCUCGCGACACCCUUCUCAACUUCACUCUGGAUCUCCAAGAUCCUCCAUGCCAAUCUCUCCGGGAAGUCUGGUUCUCCUUCAGAAUUGAAGUGCUUCGAUGUCGAGAACAUUACCUGUUUAGCUAGAAUCCCUCCAACCCUGAGAUUUAAUCAUAUCCUGAGACCAGAAAGCAUAGCAGCCACCAUCGAGGAAGGAAAUGAGGAGGAGGAAAAGUAUGGGAGUCGCAAGUCUGACAACAGUGGCCUGGCUUCAGAGGAAGGGAAGGGUAAAGGGAAGGGUCAUUGGAAUGACAUGCAUAAGUUUCUACUGGCCGGCACAGUGUCCACAGUCAUAUCCAGGACGUGCGUUGCGCCAUUGGAGAGAAUAAAGCUGGAAUGCAUCGUCCAGGGAUCAAAGCGUCCAUUGGUGAAGAUAGUCCAGUGUAUCUGGACUGCAGAAGGAUUGAGGGGAUUCUGGAAGGGCAAUGCACUCAACCUCCUCCGCAUGGUACCUUUCAAAUCCAUCAAUUUCAUUUGCUACGACAUGUAUUUGGAUUGGCUCCUCAACUCCCCGGGGAAGAAGGAGAUCACAAAUCACGAUAGACUCGUUGGGGGUGGCAUCUCCGGCCUCCUGGCCACCGUGAUCUGCAUUCCUCUCGACACCAUAAGGACGAGGCUGCUUGCGCCGGGCGGCGACGCUCUCGGGGGAGUGGCAGGCUGCGUCUCUCACAUGGUGCAGAAUGAAGGCUUCCUCUCGCUCUACAAGGGCCUGGCUGCCGCCCUCAUCAGCAUGGGUCCGGCGAGCGCAGUCUUCUACACGGUCUACGACAUCCUCAAGAGCUCUCACCUCUCCGAGACGAAGAAGAAGAGGACUGAACUAGGUCCUGCGUGGACCUUAGCAUACGGUGCAAUUGCAGGGGCAUGCUCUGAGACCGUGACGUAUCCUCUGGAAGUCAUCCGGAGGCAACUCCAGCUCCAGCAAUCCACCAACCUGGGCCUGGCUUCCGCCUUCAUCGAUCUGGUGAAGAGAGGAGGAGCUGAGUCUCUCUUUGCAGGACUAGUUCCGAGCACACUUCAGGUGUUGCCUUCUGCAGCUUUGAGCUAUUUCUUCUACGAGAUGAUGAAAUCUAUAUUGAAGAUCUAGAAAAAGAUGCAGAGCGUGGCCAAAUCGUGAGA